AUGUGGAUGGGGAGCGAGAGGAGCAAGCAUGAUGCCGGUUAUCCCGAGGGACAUUUGAAAGUCGAUUCCCUUGAAUUUAUUCAUGGUACCUGUAUCUUUCCAUUUGUCUAUGGCGAUGGAAUCUACUACAAUUGCAUCUCGAUCCACAGUGACUAUGACUGGUGUUCUCUUGACGAUCAUUUCCAAGGCAGGUGGCGGUACUGCACAGGGCUUGAUCCCCCCAAGUGUAUCUUCCCCUUCACCUUCAGGAAAAAACUCUUUUACAACUGCACCAAGAAAGGCUAUAUUUUGAAUCGGAGCUGGUGUUCCUUGACGGAUGAUUACAACAGAGAUGGAAAAUGGAAGCAAUGCUCCCCUCACAAGUAA